AGGAGUAAGUGUCGACCGAGUUCCGUGCAGUCUAUCGAUCGAUCAUGUCAGCGAAGGUUGUGUGUGUGUUGUUGUUGCUCGUCGUCUCUACGACGCUAGCCCGUCCGACAGUAGACGACGCUCCAAUUCUGGACAACGAUCUCAUCGAUGAAGUCAAUCAGCACGGCAAGUGGCGUGCUGGCCUCAACAAGCAGUUUUUCAAUAUGACCGUCCGCGACGCUCGCUGCCUAGCGGGAACGUUCAUCGAGUCUUCUGACGACUUCACGCUGCCCGUCAAAUCGUCAUACGGAAAUGUGGAACUCCCGGAAACGUUCGAUGCUAGAAGCAAAUGGCCCAACAGCAUUCAUGGUAUUAGAAAUCAGGCUCAGUGUGGGAGCUGUUGGGCGUUUGCGGCCACAGAGGCGCUGUCCGACCGAUUUGCGAUUGAAUCCGACAACAAAAUCAAUGUCGUUCUGUCUCCGCAGCAGUUGGUGUCAUGUGAUACCAAAGAUGGAAAUAUGGGUUGCGGUGGUGGUUAUCCUCUUAAGGCUUGGCAGUAUAUGAUGUCUAGUGGGGUUGUAUCGGAUGACUGUUAUCAAUAUACAAGUGGUAAUGGGAACAGUGGAGAGUGCCUUCUGUCAGGAUCUAAUAAUUGUCCUAGUGGGUCUGGAUCAUCUAAGCUUUACCACGCUGCCAGUGCUUAUCGCGUGGAGGCAACAAUGACAGCAAUCAUGGAGGAGAUUUAUGACCAUGGUCCAGUAGAGGCUGCAUUUAUGGUGUAUCAAGACUUCUAUUCCUAUAAAAGCGGAGUCUAUGAGCACUUUGCCGGUGGUUUGGUUGGAGGUCAUGCUGUAAAGAUCAUUGGAUGGGGAACUGAAGAUGGAACACCAUACUGGUUGAUUGCUAAUUCGUGGGGAACCAGCUGGGCUGAUUUGAAUGGUUUCUUCAUGAUGAAGCGUGGUGUAAAUGAGUGCGGUAUUGAAAGUAGAAUUGUGGCUGGUCUUGCCAAAACUUCUUAGUUUGCUGACUCUGGACAAUGGGUUCAUGUGUUCUGUGUGCGAACGCUGUUUAGGUUAUUGAUGUGUAUUGAUACUAUUCGAAUUCAUGUAUGGUUGUCAGUAGAUGAAAGUAUUAUGUAUCGGUGUUUUAUGACCAAUGCUACACUGCAGUAGUUAUGAAAAUGUUUUAGUGAGUGGGAAAUUAAGUUGCUGUGUCAGUUGAAGACCA